GAAAGAAGCGCCAUCAGGAUUUUAUACUAAAAUAAUAUUUUUCUUGAGAAAGGAUUUCAUUUUAUAUUUGUAAAAUACGUUGCAACUGUUAAAAUAUUAUUUGAUAUUAAUUGUUGAGUAUUGAUAAUGCUAAAUCGGCUGCAAAAUUUACUAAAUAACAAUAGUUUGUGAUUGACAAUUUGUGUUCAACCGUGGCUAUUUGUAUGUAGGACGGAGAAUUUUGACAACUUAAAAUGGCGGCCUCUUUUGAACUUAAAUAUCUUUUUGAUUUUUCGCGCUUUUUGGCGGUCAAUGUGGAGAUUUUACAGUAGUAAAUUUUACAAGAAAACUUGAUUUGUUAGUUUUCUAAGAUGGAUCACAAUUUGGGUGACGAUUUGAAUUUGGAUGGGUCUAUGGGAGUGGAUUUUGGGCAUUCUGAAGAUACAGUUGUAAGUCAGGCAGAUAUAGCUCUAGAAGAGAGUGCCCAUGAGGCUGGAAUUGCAAUGGAUUUUGAUCACAUUGAAGAACAACCCAUGUUAAUGGAUACUGGCAGUGAAGAAAUCAUAGAUUUCAUCGGAGAACAGUUUACUCUACAAGAUUAUGCCGAUCAAGAAGAUCAGAGUAAUAUUAUGGCAAGUAUCGCUUCAAAUGAGCAGACUAUUAUCACAUCACAAGCAGAUAACAUUAUUAAGAUUGAGUCUUUGCCGCAACAAACAAUAAAACAAGAACAUACAUUGAGUAAAGUAGCCACACUAAAGUCUGAAAUCUCACCGCCUCGAAUAAAGAAAAUUGAAACAGAUAUUCACACAUCUGCACCUCGUCAAGUGGCCAUAGCACCGAAACCUGGGCCAGUUGCCAAAGCGUUCACUCCUGUCAAACCAUACGCAAUAGCACCCAAACCAUUAACAGUGCUUACUACCAAAAGUAAUACAUUAAAUAAUGGAUUUCUAAAGAAAGUUACUCUGGCCGGUGUUAUGCAAGGAAAUAAAGCCAAUACUGUCCUAACUCAAAUAGGCAAACAGCUUGUAAUGAUGCCAGCGACAGGAGCGCAGAAGUUAAAACUGGUGUCGGGGGGCACUGCUAUGCCCACGGUGCAAUAUUUACGAACUACUACUGGAGAUCAAACUCAACUGAUCCAAGCAAAGACUGUUACUGGUACACAAAAUAAGCCUGUCAUCACUAAAUUAAUAUUACCUGGACAACCAAAUCUGGAGAUGAGCAGCAACGCACAGAGUCUGCUGACUAAAGUAGCGCCCGCCGCCGCUAAGCCGCCGGCGCAGAUUGUUGCACUGCAACAGAAAAAUAUGCCUUUUACAAUAGCUAAUAAGGUAUUGUUAGCUACGCCGACGAAAUCGGGCGUGAAAUUUGCUAAAAAACAACAACUAAUAGCCUUCAAAUCGCCGGAAAAGGCUACGCAAGCGGCACAAGGUUCAACAACAAAGAAGGUUCUCAUAACAUCAAAUCCAACACAAAAUGUUAUAUUGAAAACCACAGCACCUCCUAAAGCACAAGUUACAAAAGAUGGCAACAUUGUGUUAGACAAUCAACGGACUCAACUACAUCAAAUCAAUGUUCCUGGUAAAGGUAUUCAAUACAUCAGACUUGUGACGAAUUCUAACCCAGCGCCUGUCAAGACAAAGCUGCAGCCGCAAACUAUAAAUGUGCCUGCGAAAACUUUUCUGUUAACUGAUUCAAAAGGUAAUUUGAUCCAGAUGUCAUCAGACAAAAUGAUGAACAGUCAGUCGCCUCUGCUCGUCGCCGGCGCUGCCUCUUCUCUUACCAAAGUGAGCACAAAACCCCAGCGCAAGUUGGUGAGGAUAGCUCCCUUAAUUGAUAAAAGAGUUACCACUUUAGCUGAUAAACCUGCGCAAACGACCGCGAUCAGAAGAUCGUCACAAAGUCUUCUGGCACCAAUAUCUCCAGUGCCAGAAGUGUCACAUAUAGAAGAAACUGAAGUACAGGAGGAGAUGGACUCGAAGGCUGCCCUGCACGCACUGAUGAGCGAGGAGUUGGAGCAGGAGAUGCAGGUCAACAUCAAGGCUGAAAUGCAAGUCAAUCAGGCCAGUAUGGAUAGCAAUAUGGAGGAUAUAAAAAGUAAUGUACACGAUGACCUGCAUUCUGAGAUGAAUAUGGAUGCAGAUGAUUCUAAUAUUGCAGAAGUUGAAGUUGACUAUAAACGGGAUUUUGUAAAUUAUUCAGAUUGCGAUGAAGUGAAUGAGAAGAGCGAUCUGCAGGAGCUGGGCGCGGGAGAGGAGCACCCGCUCAUCGUCAUCCCCUCCAACUUCAUCAAGGAGACUGACAACAGGAACAUCAGCGAUGUGCACUCCGCUCAUGACGAGUCUCAGCAGAUAAGCGGGAUGCUGAGCAUGGACGCGGAGUCAAUUAACGCGUACCAGUCGCCCAGGACACCACAGACAACUUCCGAAAGCGAGUUGAUGUCUACUGAGCUGGGCCUGCGCCUGCGCAAGGCGUGCAACUGCACCAAGUCUCAGUGCCUCAAGUUGUACUGCGAGUGCUUCGCCAACGGCGAGUUCUGCAACCGCUGCAACUGCAACAACUGCCACAACAACCUCGACAACGAGGAGCGCCGCCAGAAGGCCAUCAGAGGAUGUCUUGAUAGGAACCCUAACGCUUUCAGACCAAAAAUUGGCAAAGCAAAAGUCGGUGGUCCGGAAAUGAUUCGUCGGCACAAUAAAGGAUGUAAUUGCAAACGGAGUGGAUGUCUCAAAAACUAUUGUGAAUGUUAUGAGGCGAAGAUAGCGUGCACGUCGAUAUGCAAGUGCGUGGGGUGCCGCAACGUGGAGGAGACGCUGGAGCGCACGCGGCGCCGCGCGCCCGCCAUGCCCAGCGCCGUGCAGGCGCUCUUCAGGCCGCCGCCCUUGAUGCCGCUCAAACAGCCGUGCAGCUUCAUAACUACGGAGGUGGUGGAGGCGGUGUGCCAAUGCCUGCUGGCGGCGGGCGGGGAGGGGGCGGGCGCGAGCGGCGGGGCGGGAGGCGCGGGGGGCGGGGACGCGGUGCGUGACGUCAUCGACGAGUUCGCGCGCUGCCUUCAAGACAUCAUUAGCGCGGCGCACCACACCUCGCCGCUCAUCAUGCUAGACGAGGAACCUGCAUGAUAUGUGACGUUUGCUAUAAGGAUUUAAAUGAAAUAUUUAGAUUAUGUACAGCACAUGUGAUAAUAUAUAAAAUUAGUUUAAAGAAAUAUAUAUUCAUAAAUAGGGGUACAAUCGUGCAAUUAUGUUGUAGAAAUAUUUCAACAUUAUAUCAGCAUAAUGACAAUAUUUUAUUGAUAAAUCAAUAAUAUAUAGUGAAUAGUGUAAUAAGAAAAGACUGUUGAACAAUAGUUGACAUGAAAAUCGUUUAUCGGAAGUAAUCUUUUAAUGGAAUUGAGUUUUUAAGGUGUACAUAUGUUAGUGAAUGUAUCAGAUUUUAUAUUUGUUUGGUUUGUUUCGUUAAUGAGGAGAGAUAUAUAGUUGUACAGAUAUAUUAAAUAUUUUGCUAGUCAUAAGCGUGCGGCGGACUGUACAUAGUAAUGAAAUAAAUAUAGCCGU